GUAAGUGCUUUGAAAUGAAGAUCUAGGACCCCCCUGAAUUAGACAAUACAUUGUCACGUUGCACAUAAGUGUCUUAAGACUCUUCUCCUCCAGCAUUUAAGAUACCUUGGCAGUUGAUACAUCCAGUCCCAUGGUUCAUGUGCCACUGUUUGUGCUUAGCAUGUUGUUGCAUGUAGCAGGUAUAAGCUCAGAUUAAGCCAGUAUGAUGCUGGUUUUGGACUCAAAGGUAAGACUGAGCUCGCAGGCAGAACUGGGAAUGGAGAAGGAUUGGUGGUAAUGUAAAUCUCUGCAAGUACAUGAGGUAUGGUUCUCCUUGCAGAAGAGCAAAAACCAGGAGCUUGAUUCAACAUUUUGAGUCCGAUUGUGGAAGUACUCUUGUCACAGAGAUCAUAGAAUCAUAGAAUGGCUUGCAUAGGUAGGGACUUCAAUGAUCACCUAGUUCAAAGAUUUCUGCACUAGAUCAGGCAUUAGAUUAGGUUUUCCAUGGCCCCAUCCAACCUAGCCUUGGUAUUGAGACCCAAACCUGCCCUCAGGCUGCUGUACCCUGCUGCAUUCUAUGCAGGUUCCUCUCAACCAUAUGAUGGGAUAAGGACAGUGGUUACCCCAGAGAGAAGAUGAGAACUCUGAAUGAUCUGGGUCAAGCAGGGUAAGGUACAUCAGUAUGAGAUGGAAAUACUGUAAAGACAUUCUUACUUUAACCAUAGCAAUCACACACUUGCACACAGAAAAAAGUGCAUACUCCAAUAAUGUGGAUCCGCAGACAUUCUUGAGCACUGUGAAAAGUCUGAUUUGUUUUAAAAGUGAUGCAAUUCUUAUGUAAAAUGUUAAUUUCUUCUCUUUCUUUCAUCUUAGAAAGGAUGAGAGAAAACCAGCAGUAGAUGUGCUAAAUUCAGCUUUUCUGAAGGAGCUGCUUUGAGGUACUGCUACUGCCUGAAACUAAAAGAAAGCAGCACCAAAAAGCAUUCUCAUGAUUUUGAUGUAUAUUCCAUGCCACAAUUAUUGCAGCAUAGUUUCCUGGACACCAUAGUCACAGUAUUUUUGAAAUCGAAAGUGAAGCAACAUUUUUUGUCUCUUUAAUAUAGAUUUUAAUAUAAGAUCUAAUGAAGAUGCCAGAGUACGGUUUCUAGAACACUGGACAUAAGCAGACCUAAGAGGGCAAUUAAUCAGAUGGAAUCCAAUUAGAAGAUUACUUUCUUGUUCUCCAGAGAUUGCUACAUGGACAAAAAAAAAUUAUCAGCUGAAAUCCCUCAGGAAGCUCACCUAGAAUAACCUUCUUUUGCAUCCACUCCAGCUCCAGGCAAAGGCUCUGAUUCAGAAAAUUCUCUUCAUCCAUGGUAGGUCUGAAAACCACGCCUGCAGAGCUUCCCAAAAGUGCUGUCUGUGGACCAGGCCCUAUGUGGUCACCCAUGGGAUGCCUACUAAUACAGCUGGUGUUUGCAUGGCUUUGGCUGCCAGGGGUGCAGGCAUCACUGCUGCAAUAGGUGGGCACAGGAGUACCUCCAAAUGGAGAAACUUUUAGGCACACGCUGACAGUGCUUUCUGCUAUAGGAAAGCUACUGGAAGCCUGCCUGGGAGGGAAGGAAGCUCUCUGAUGAUGGCUUCCAUGGCAACAAGAUAAGGCCUUACAGAGUAAGCAUAUGCAGCUCCCAGUGAGGUGCAAACCCUAAAUUGAAAACAGAUGAGUGAAACAGGUGACUAAUACAGAUAAUACCAGUGCCACGGGGAGGAUGGGGAGCCAUGAAGAGGAUGGGAAACAACCAGAUGCUGUGUAUUUGGACUGUGACAUUACACAGGACAGCCUUCAGCUUGGUUUUAUACAUAAGGCAGUGAUGAUGGAGCAGUUGGACACAGGAACCAUUCUGAGGGUCUGGAACCUCACAGAACAACAGCAUGGUUGAUACUGGAAGAGAUUUCUGGAGACUGAUCCAACCCCAUGUUCAAGCAUGGCCACACAUAGCAAGUUGUCCUAGUUAGAGAGUUGUCAACUCUCUAACUAGCAGGAGACUCCACAACCUCUCUGGGCAACUCAUACCAGUGCUCCAUCAUCUACACAGUAGAAAAAUGCUUCCUGAUGUUCAGACAAAACCUCCUAUGCUUCUGUUUGUACUCAUGCCUCUUGUCCUUGCUCUGGACACCACUGAAAAGAGCCUGGCUCAGUCUUCUCUACACCCUCCCUUCAGCUAUUUGUACACAUUGAUUAAACCAUCCUGAGACUUUUCCUCUCCAGGCUGUGCAGUCCCAGCUCUCUCUCAGUGUUUCUUCAUAGAAGAGACACUCCAGUCCCUUCAUCAUUUCUGUGGCCCUUAAUUCUCCUUACUGUUCACAUCUGUCUUGUACUGUGGAUCCCAGACCUGGACACAACACUCCAGGUAUAAGACGUAGCCCAGUACAGUGUACUCAGGGUGCCUCAUCCCCCUGCCCACCACAUUCCUGGGAGUCCUGCCCUGCAAACCCAAACUUUCAUGCCUGUCCUGUAGUUGCAACUGGUGAUGUGGUCAGCUGGCAGGGAUGAUGUAAGCAACACUAUGCAGACAGUGUAAGCACCUGAAUGCUGGCAUGGUGAAAACAUGCAUGUGUGAGUGGACAUUGCUUGCCACUUGGUGGCAUGAGUGCUUGCUUUGUGUGGGAGCUGAAGAUGGGCAGAUUGCACAGCCAGUUCACACAGCUGGAUUUCAGCCAUGUAAGUAAAUGGGCCCAAGGUCAAGGAAAGCUAAGAAAACAAUAAAUGUGACUAUGUGCAUGCAACAUGCACCAGUUGUAUGAGCAAUUAUUUCUUACCUCAUGUGCUGACUCACUUGUUUCCCUUCCCUGCCACUGGACUUGCAAUGAUCAGUUGUUAAUAGUUUUUAAAGUUCUUGGGGACAUGUAGAGCCUCAAGAUAUGCUUUAGCCUAAGUGACCUUAAUACACUGUUAUGUGUAAAACACAGAUUUUUCUGGAAAAGUAAACACCAGUUUAAUAUACCUUCCUUUGACAGUGAAGUUGGUGUAAUGAAAUGAUGAUAUGAUAUAGGGUUGUGUAGAGCGUUCACCCUGUUUUUCUAUUUCAGAAAAAAUUCCUGCCUUGGUUUUUGUUUCCCCUUUCAUUAUCUCUCCAUGAGUAGUAUGAAUGGUGCCAUGAUAACAGAGCUUUAUUAAAGUUCCCAGUACAACCAAAGAACACCUCUAUUUAACUGCAUCAAGGCCAACAGGUUGGGAAAAAUUCAAAGCAUUUUUUUAACAUGCAUUGGUGGAGUACAGGUAAACCCAAAAUAGGCAGUAGUUCUAGACCUAACUUGACAUUUUUUUCAAAAAACUAAGCUUGCCAGCAGGCUGCACACAGGUCCAGUAGCCAUGUGGUGAUAGCAGCACAUUUUAACACGACCUUACCUUAGUGCUGACCUCUUCCUGCCUGCAUAGGGUAACAUGGUACAAGCACUCAAUGCAGGCUGCUGCUGUAUGGACCAUGCCAAUAACAAAGCUGCUCAAAUGCCACAGGAUGAGAAGCAAAGCCCUCAGCUUUUUUCUUCAGUCUUCCUGAUGUGGGAGGCCAGCAGCAGCUCCAGUGAUGCAGCACCUGCAGUGAUCCAGGUGCCUGGGUGGGAUGAGGCUCUGGUGCACUCCCUGGAAUUCACACAUGAAAUGGUGAGCUGAACUCUGCAUUAAAUUAAACAGUAUGCUGGGCUCUAGAUGGAGAGGAAAUAGGCAUGCUAUUGGGCAAGAACUUCAGUUUCCUUCUUCUGCCAUGCACCAACUCCUGAGGGUACCGCUGGGAAGGCGUGCUGCUCCACAAGUGCUUCCUUGCAUGGCUGCAGGAAAUGGAGCAGCAUUACUGAGUGACCUGAGAGAAUUCCACGGGGAGCCAGUUCUGAGUAGAAGCAUUUCUUGUUUGUAGAAGACAGGUCCUGUUCAUUGGCUAAAUGUGUCUGGUAGGGAUAAGAUCAAGUGUGAGAUGAGGCAAGUCUUGGUAAUGCAAGGAAAUGCUUCCAGCAGAGCUUGAGAAGCUUCAGUGUGUCCUGUAAUUUUUAUAAGAUUUAAUCCUUGACUUCAGCCCUCUCUCUUUUGAACAGCAUCAUUUAAAAAUGGCUCUUGAAAUGCAUUCCAGCCAUGAGGAGCCUGAGCAACUCUCCUGGAGAAACGGUUGAACUAUCCUGCCCGUGUGAAUCAGACCAUUUGUUUUGCUGAGGAGUUAUAAAAAGAUGAUUCACCCAUAUAAGACACUUUCCAGCAAUUAGUCCUUAAGUCUGUAGACGUGUGAGUUAACAACAUCAAGCCCUGCAGAAGGGGUAUCGACAGUAACUCCAGCUCCAGUUUUGGCUUUCCUUUCUCUGUUCUCUCCAAGUUCCACACCAACUUCUGUGGACUUUAAUUGAACUGGAGUGGAUAACCAUCUCUGGAGAAGCAGCCCUUGGCAUCAAAUCUGGCCAUCUCUGUUCUGAUCCACAUCUCAGCUGUGCUCUGAUACAUUGGCAUCAUCAAGGGGGACACUGGCAAGAGCAGCAGGUUGUAAUCUCUUUUUGGUCUCUCCAGAGCCUCUUAGAAAACCUCUGACUGUUCCCUGUCCUCCUGUUUGUGUUUACAUUGUCCUACCUGGAGCUCCAUCAAGUCAAGGCAUCAUUGCACCAAAAGGAGGAAGUCUGAUGGGAGCACCCUGGUGGCAUCUACAGUCUUCCCUUUAUCUUCCAUGUUGUCCACUGGACAGAUAGUUUGCCACGUGCUUUUUUACUCUUCCCAUUUUCUUUCACUUAUCCCCUUUCCUGCCUCUCCCUCUGCCUCACCAGACAAGGUGAGGAGGUAGCGGAAUCGCUGCCCGCAUUCUCCACCAAGUCCAGGUGGACUGCCAAUAUUCUGGAAUAUUUGUAAACUUUGAGCAUUAACAAUUAAACUCCCAGUGCCCCACAUGACGUUAUGAUGUGGAAUACCGAAAACCAAAAAUCACAAAACCAUGACAGGGGUUUUGUUAAACAAAGAAAUCAGUCAGAAGAAUGCUGCCGUUCCCAUUGCCUGUGUUGGAUCUGGAGGUCACUUAGAGGCUAGUGUUCUCUGUGGAUAAGGUGGGGAUGCAGAUGAGAAAUAGCAAGGAGCCCUGUGAAUUUAGCAGCUGCCCUGCAGGCAUGUUGGACUACACUUUCCUCAGAGCAUAAAGACUAUAAACCAUAGCAACAAAACUGCAUGAUUGCAAUCUCUGCCUGACCAUAAUUUUUCCACCCCUGCAGUUUCGACUGGGGGAAGCAAUGCACUACCUGGCAGGUGCCUGUAUAUCAGCUGCUGUGCAGUCCUAGCACUAGACACAGUGCCCUGGUUUUUCUUCACAGUUGUUUUCUUUUAAGCUUUCAGGGUUGGAGAAGCUGAUUAAGCUUGAGUCCCUCAAUAUUGAAUGCAUCCUGAUAACAUACGUUCCUAUCUCAGAGACACAAUGGGUUUUCCUCACAGCCUUGCCUAUGCUUGGGCUGCAUAACAAAAUUUGUUUAAAAUCCACUUUCUUUUUGAAUAUUUUUCCUCUCACUUUAGUUAUGACUCAAAAAUGUUAGUUUGCUGAAUAUAUUUUUCCUUAGUCACACGGGACCAUUCCAGAUGGGCCGUUCCACUAUCUGCACUACUUUCACUCUUUCUGCACAAGGCAUUAAGAAAAGUGCACCCUGAUGCUGGUUCUCUGAUGUGAAGAGGGAGUGAUCAUUAUACAGUUAUUAUAAUAUUUAGAGGUAAUUUUCACAAGUUAUCAUCAUUUUGGGCGUAUCUAAAGACCAAAGCAAUAGCCAAUGGUCCUCUUUAAAUAAUGGGCUCUUUAAAUGUACCCAGAUGUCCCUUUUCAGCCUCAGCCAUUCUGCGAUUCUGUGAUAACCUUUAGAAUCAGUGAAAUGUAGAAUGCCUUGGGUUGGAAGGGGCCUUAAAGAUAAUCCAGUUCCAAAUCCUUUGCUGAGGGCAGGGUUGUCAUCCACCAGAUCAGGCUCCCCAGAAGCCUCUGAUGGGGGCCAGCAUAUGCAAGCUCCCAUUUCUCCAAGGAUUUUAACUGCCAGCUCUAAGACAUACAACUCCUCUGCUUGUAUUUAACUUGCCCUUUACCCUUAAACUUUGCCAUGGCUGGGGCUUGAACAUAUGGCCUCCUUGUAAGCUACCUUGAACCCGACCAAGGCAUUUCAACAAAAAGACUGCUUCUCUGCUGAACUGAAGGAACAGAAAUCCUGUGUGAAUGGAGUUAAUACUUACUCAAAUGUAUACUCAAAGCGUUAUAAUAGGCAUGACACACAACUAAGACUCAGGGUUUCACAGAAAAGCAGAAUAUCACAAUUGUUGAAUCAGAAAAUGUAUUUGCCCUGCAGCAAAAAGAAAAGGCCCAAGAAAAUAGGCUAAGUCUGAAAACUGUAAACAUUACUCCCUGAAAGAUAGAAGAACAGUUACAUAAGAAAUAAACAAUUGAGAAAUAACUACCUCACUUCAAAAGAAAAUCCAAUCUAUACAGAGCAAGAUAUCAAAGCUGCUAGUUGUGCUGAAAACCAUGCUCUUUGGUGGAAAAGAUGUACAAACCAGAACUCCCUUAUGCUGAGAAAGAAAACAGUAUCCACUACGCUUUGGGUGAGUGUAGAAAGAACAUUAAGCGAUAAUGAGUUGCUUACAGGAAUGGCAAACAGAAGCAGAAGAUGGAAGUGCUGGAAAGGUGGUAGCUAGCACAUACCAGCCCGCUGCAGAGGCUCCUCACAAGAAUGUGUGUAAAGAACAGGUAAGAGAUCUAGAAGACAGGUGCAAAACAAGAGGUAAGAUAAAGAGGCAAUACCUUUAAUUGCCAACAGCAUCAUGAGAAGCCAUAAGAGCUGACAAACAUCCCAAUAUGUAUUAAAAGAAUGGAUUAUAAAGGAAAAUCAGUGUAAAGGAAGAGUUCAAAUGUAAGUAAUAAAUGUAAUCCUGAGUAAUUUUAAGAGAAAAGGCUUUGACAGUCACAGUUAAAGAAAAACUAUAAUAACAUAAUGGCCUUAGUAGGUCUUUUUGUUUAACUGGGAGAUCUUCUGAAGAACAACUUGAAAAGAAGCAUACAGACCUAGGGAUAGAACUGCUGAUUUCACAAGUGUUCUAUGAAGCUAAUAUAAGUAAGAGGAGGAAUCUAGGAGGAAGGUACAAAGUUUGAAGCAGUGGGGAAAGUAAUGAAAUGCUAUCAGCACUUUAAGUACCAGUGGUUAACUAUACAGCAUAUCAGUAGCUAAAGGCUGAACAGAUUGUCGGUUAAGGCUGCGUGUACAAAGAUUUAAGGUCUGAGAACAGUGAAUAAUACAAUAUUAUGAUUUAGCCAGAAGAAAUACUGAAGGAAAAUCACAUAGAUUUUUGUUUCCUGCUCCAGAUCACGGGUGAUGUACACAAACAGGAGAGUUCACAAGCAGCAGAGUUUGGGGAGGCUGAUCCUGGCUGUGUUUGCAGACCCGCUUCUUGCAGUAUAGGCUUCAUGGUCACAGACAACCAUGGUCCUGGUGAAAGAAUGGAAAACCAAACAAUAGGAGGAAUCUAGGAGAAAGGGAGGGAAAGGUUAUGUUCUUUGUUUAUGGCAAAGGAUGAGGGAAAUGUGAAACAAAACAAGGAGAAAAAGAACAGAGAAAGGAUAUAGAAAACCCAUAUGGGUGACCUAGUAGAAGUAAAGGAGCACAAAAUUCUUCCUUUUGGGUGCAAACAGCAUGGAAGACCUUCUAUAGUACCUGCUCAGUGCUCAAUCUCUUGUGCCCGUAUCAACCAAGGGAAUUAUUCAUUAUUUUGUAGAGCACGUCCUUACUUUUCUUCUCUCUAGGUCAAAAAAUGCCAAACCAUAAACCUCUAGAGACGUUUAUCCUUAGAAAGCGCUGCAGUGUUCUUUUACAAUAUAUGAAAUUGCAGUAAUAAGAAUAAAUUAUAGCACUCAGCAUCGGACAGGAUGACUGAUGUAAGCUGUCAGCCAAUGUUUGACUUUCCAGGUGAGAUUAGAUUUAGCAUUUACCUUAAUAUAAACAGAAAGUGUGCAGUAGAAAGCACUUAAUUAACAAGCAAGUGCUCAAAACCUUGUGCAAGCUGGAGGCUACUUGAAGCUUAAGAUAGCUCUCCUCUUUCCAGAGUAUCGCAGUAUUAUCCAGCGGAGUUUCAAAAUCCUGAUUGUUACUGGGAAUCUCAUUACUGAAGGAGACAGGAAAGCAGCUGUAACUUGCAAGGAUGGCUGAAAUACGAAACUUCACGUGGGCAGUGGAAGAUAUUUUCAAGGAAACUUUUCUCACUUACAUGAAUGGCUGGAGGAAAAACAUGACAGAAGCGGCAAAUGAACUGCAAGCCAAGGUUGAUGCUGAAAACUUUGACUAUGUUAUCCUUUAUUUGAUGGUGAUGAUUGGAAUGUUCUCCUUCAUUAUUGUGGCGAUUUUGGUGAGUACCGUGAAAUCUAAGAGGCGAGAACACUCCAAAGACCCUUACCAUCAGUACAUCGUGGAGGACUGGGGUGAGAAGUAUAAAAGCCAGGUUCUGAAUCGAGAAGAUCUCAAGUGUGUGGUCCAUGAAAACUUUGGUGCAAGGGACAAAACAAGCCCCGCGUCACCCUGACAUUCCAGAAACAUCAGCAAAGAGGAAAUCAUGAAGUCACAUUUAGGGAACUCGCUGGAAUUACAAAUAGCUGUGAAAUUGUUCAUUAGAUUUACACAGGUUGAGCUAGAAUGGGCUGCUGAAGAAAUCAACAUCACUGUUUCCUCUGAGAACUCUGGUGCAGCUGCUUUGAGGAACACCCAAGAAAAAUGCUUGACUUUGCUUUGAUAUUCUGCUCUUCAGGAAAAUAAAGUCAUGGAGAGAAUAACUUGAAUUUUUUAGCAAUUUUUUGAAAUCGAGAAGCAGAUCUGGAUUACUGAGCAGUAAACUUCAGAUGAACAGUAGGAGUUUUCAAGUGUUUAAAAGUACUGAUUCAGAUCCCAAUGUGUGACAUAAACCCAUCUUAAAAUAACAGGAAACUGUACAAUAAAAUACCAGACCCUCUAUCUAUUGAUUGAACAAUGUGUUAUGGUAUGAAUCACAGGACGAGCCUAUAUCUACACAUGUUCAAGUCAAUACAAAAUGCUAUUUUAAUGACCUGGCUCCCAUUUCAAUUUCAUUAUUCAUUGGCUACAAAGAAUGAUUCAUGGCCUUCUGUUUUAUCAUAAAAGCAUAGCCAGACUAGCAGUCUCAUCUAAGAGUAUCCUGGUUGUCCAGAGCAGCUUCUACAGUGUUAGUGUCUUUCUUGAAGUCCAUAGCUGUCUCUUCUGCUGUUUCUUGGAUUUUCAUAUUGAUCUGUUUAUCUGCAAUGCAAGCUGGGUGAUAGGGAUUUCUUGCAUUCCUAUUAGCCAAGGCCUAGUGUAGAUCAUCAUGCUCCUGCUAUAUAUCUUUCAGAGCAAGGGUUUCUGUGACCAGCUAUCAAAGCUAUUCCAUUGUUAUGCUUUCUAAUGUUUCCCAUGUUGGGUACUGGUGUGCACCAGUCAGAAAAGAGAUUGUAAAGAUGGUUUAUCUUCCCUGUGCUGCUAAAUUACCAUGAUGCUGGCUGUUGGGGAAUAAUUAGAAGCAAAGCCAGUACUACUUCUAGUAUUAAAAUGUGUUCCUUUUUGCUCUAA